AUGAAGGAAAUUUCCAUUAAUGAAAUUCAUUCCUUACCCCAGAGGGAUAGGCGAAAGAUUAGUAGAGGGAACUCAAGUGAUGAUAUAGAGUCUGAGGAUAACUGCGAGAAGAAGGAACGUGACCAUAGGGAAGUAUCAGGUGGUAGUGAUGAAAUAAGUGGUAGUAGCGUGAAUAUUGAAAGCAGUGAAAAUGUUGACAGUAAUGUGAAUAUUGAAAGUAGCGAUAAGACUGGAAGUAUUGAGAACAUGGGAAGUAGUGACAAGGGGAACCCACAAAAUGUAGGUUUACCUUAUGAAAAGAAGAUAAUACAAGAUGAUCGUUUGGAAAAGUCAUACAGUUAUGAAUAUUUGGAUCAUCCAGCUGAUGUUAUUUUACACAGUUAUGGGAAAACAUUAAGGGAAUGCUUCGAGUCUUUGUGUGUUUCAAUGUUUAAUUACAUGUGUAAUUUGAAUGAUGUGGAAUUAAAAAUAUCGAAACAAAUAAUUGCAAGAGGAUCAAGCAUGGAAGAUUUACUAUAUAAUUUUUUAACAGAAUGCCAUUUUUUAUAUGGUAGUGAAUAUUUUAUAUGUAAAGCUAUUGAUAUCCUCGUAUUUGACAACGUGACAUUUUAUAUUGAAGCCCAUGGAUUUGGAGAUUUCUUUUCCUUAGAUAUUCAUGAAAGUGGUACUGAAAUAAAAGCAAUCACAAAACACGAAUUAAAAAUUUGUCUAAAUGAUGAUCUUUGUGAAGCCUUUGUCUUAGUUGACAUAUAA